GCGGGAUAACCCGGAAGUACAUGUGUGCACGUGCUGCGUUUGACAACAACCACCUUGAAACAGGAAAAUAAGACUCAUGAUUAAUGUGAAACAAGCAUCAAACACCAGCAAACAUGCCCGUCAGCAGGUUAUUGUACCCUCUGUAUCAGCUGGGUAACCCACAGCUCAGGAUCUUCAGACCCAACUGGUUUAUGAGACUUGUAAGACCAGGGAAAGAGCAGCCUCCUGAUACCGUCCAGUUUCGUGUUCCAAUGGAGAUGACCAAAUAUGAUGUGAAGAAUUACCUGGAGAAGAUCUAUAAUGUUCCUGUGGGCGUAGUCCGUACCAGGAUUCAGUACGGCUCCAAUAAGAAGAGGAAUCACCUGAACCAGAGAGUCAAGCAGCCUGACUACAAAGUGGCCUAUGUUCAGCUGGCGCAGGGCCAGACGUUUACCUUCCCGGACCUGUUUCCCGAAAAGGACAAGAAGGUGACGGAGGGCUCAGUGGAGGAGAUGCAGGAGAAGUUCAUGGAGGACGAGAAGCAAAGGCAGCGACUUGACCCCCGGAGAGGAGGGGUCACUGAGUGGUUUGGACUCUGAUACAAACCCACUAACCCGGGAACAGAAACUGAGCAGCGCGCCUUCUGUGUCCAAGCGUGGGCGUCCGGUUGGCAGCAAAAAAAAUAUUGAUUUACAACGGGCAGCGCUGAUGUCACUUUUCUAUUUCUGUAUGAAUCGUGCGUAGCGAAAGGAAGAAUUAGCGUACAAUGUGUAGGAGGGGAGGACAUUGUUGAACUUGAGCUAACCGAGCGUCAGUGUAGUACGCGGAGCCAGAACAUAAUCACAGGAGGGGGAGACUGUCCCACUGCCAUUUUAAUAAAUCAAUCCACCAUA